GAGACGUGACGUCAUCACAGUGCGCGGAGGUUCUCAGAGAGGAGGUGGCAGAUGCCUCUUCGAAACAACAGUCGUCUUGUUAAGACCUGUUUUUCCUGUCAAACUGCUGAAGAGCAGCUGUUGGGAUGCCAAAGAAGUUCCAGGGUGAGAACUCCAAGGCGGCCACAGCCAGAGCCCGCAAGGCUGAGGCCAAGGCGGUAGCAGACGCCCGGAAGAAACAGGAGGAAGAGGAUGCUCUGUGGCAGGAAACUGACAAACAUGUACUCAAAAAAGAGCAGAGAAAGGAUGACAAGGAGAAGAAGAGGCUGGAACUCCUGGAGAGGAAAAAGGAAAACCAGCGGCUCCUGGAUGAGGAGAACGCCCGACUGAAAGGCAAAGCCCAAAGGGAGGCUGGGGCUGGAGGAAAAGUUACUCGUGCCCAGAUUGAGGAGGCGCUUCAGAAUGAGCAGGAGCAACAGCAGCAGCUCAAACCGAAAGAAAAGAGCCACCUGGAGUCUCCUCUGGAAGAGAAUGUGAACAGAAUUAUCCCUGAAGAAGGAACAGUGGAAGCCAGAACAAUAGAGGAUGCCAUCGCUGUACUUAGCACGGGGCCUGAAGACUUGGACCGCCACCCAGAGCGGAGGAUGAAAGCUGCGUUUCUUGCCUAUGAGGAGGCCAACAUGCCUCGCCUAAAAAAGGAGAACCCCAACAUGAGAUUGUCACAGCUGAAGCAGCAGUUGAAGAAAGAGUGGAUGAAGUCGCCAGAGAACCCCCUGAACCAACGCUUUUCCACCUACAACUCAAAGUGAAUGCACUCUUUCCCCCUCGCAUAACGCCAUUUGAAAAACUGUCUGCCUAUGCACAUUGGAGACUUCCAUUGGAAAAUUUAAUAAUUUCAUCUAAAAAAUGAGUGUUGCUGACAAGAACUUCACCUCUACCUGCUCGGAAACAAUCUCUUCAGUUCCAGAGGACUCCUCUUUAUGUUCCAUUCACUUGCAAGGAGAAGCUCACCCCCACAUUGUCACAACUGAUCACCAUGUUUGUGCACAUGGCCUCUAAUGAGGCAUCGCAGCAUCUAAUAAAUUACAUCUUUUUUUUUUUUUUAGCACUUCCGGGAAGGUGGGGAAUCAGAUGUUUUGAGUGUAACUCAUUAAAGUUCACUGCUCAAUCAUCAA